UGCUAUGGGGAAAUCUUGCCUGUAUGCGCGCAUUCAUGUGUCAAAGUAUUGACCCGCGCGAGUACCCGUAGUGGUGACAGCAAAAACAACGAGCCGGCCCGUGGAACGUCUGUCACACCGGAAGUAACGGGGAUUGCCUGUACUGGGGGGUGGGGGGUAGGGUGCGGAGAUCUCGGUGUGUUCAGCGCUGAGGGUCACAGGAAUAAGUGCAUGGACUCUCUGUAAGCUGUGUGGGAGCUCAGGGCUCAGUCGGCUGCAGCCGUCCUGAGACCAUCCUGCUCCGGAUACAAGGUGUGAAUGAGCGAGGAGGAGCCCCCCGCUGCCCUCACCGACACCACCCUGCGCUUCCUUUGUCAAGAUGACAUAGACACAGUAAAGGAGCUAUGUGCCGUCUGGUUCCCCAUCGAGUACCCCGAUUCGUGGUACAGAGAUAUCACAUCGAACAAGAAAUUCUUCUCUUUGGCUGCCACCUACUAUGGGCAAAUUGUGGGAAUGAUUGUAGCAGAAAUCAAGAGCAGGACCAAAGUGCACAAAGAGGAUGGUGAUAUCUUGGCAUCCAGUUUCUCAGGUGACACCCAAGUGGCAUACAUCCUCAGCCUCGGUGUUGUAAAGGAAUUCCGAAAACAGGGUAUUGGAUCCCUGCUACUGGAAAGCUUAAAGAGCCACAUCUCCAGCACUGCCCAGGACCACUGCAAGGCUUUGUACCUCCAUGUCCUGACCACUAACAACAAUGCCAUCCGCUUCUAUGAGAACAGGCACUUCCACCAGCACCACUACCUGCCCUAUUACUACUCCAUUCGUGGGGUACUGCAAGACGCCUACACUUACGUGCUUUACCUCAAUGGAGGCCACCCACCCUGGACCGUUGUGGAUUAUUUGCAGCACUUGGGAUCAGCACUGGCAGGUUUUAGUCCUUGUUCUCUCCCACAACGGAUAUGCCGCCAGGCUCACACUCUUCUGCGCAGUCUGCUGCCAUGGUCCAGCAUCUCCGCUAAGAGUGGGAUUGAGUAUAGUCGCACCAUGUGACAACAGAUUGAUGGAAUUUGAAACAUUAACUGGAGUUCCAGUUUAUCCGUCACAAUCUGAAUCAGCCAUCAAACCAGGACUCCGACAGCCAGCCUUGGUCCUCAUACAGGCCUCACCUGUCCUCUUAUCCAGUUAGGGGUGUGGAUUUCAGGUCUGCUACUGAAUGGCCUCCUUUAACAGCCCACGAAACGGCUUUUUAUGUCUGUAUGAAACAAUCUCUCAGAACAUUUUUUUAAUAAGAUCUUAUCCUGCCACUGAACAGAGUCCUCCUUCCCCCCCCACUCUCAGAUUUUGCCUCCCUUUUUAUUUAUCACCAGUACAGUCACAAAUAUCUUUUUUAUUUUUGUUUAAUUUCAUAACCUGGAUCUCCUUGAUUAUUUACGGGUUUAAGCAUAUGGAUUAAUGCAUUGAAGUAAUUGUUUUAUGUUCUUUAUUUGAUAAGUGAAGGGACUGGUUUGUAGUAGGCUGAGUUUGAAGCAAACUGGGGCCUAUUUAUGGGCAUAAAGUGCUUUGUUCCCAUUGAUUUUCAUGGUCUUCUGGCUGUAAAUAGGAGACGAGAGAAAAAAAGCAAGUAGCCCUUAUGUCAGUUCAGCAGAGUCAGGGCAAGUGUGAAGUCAUUAAAACAUCUAUCCUUUAGUUAAGGAGGGAUAUUUUUAAUGAUUGUCCAGUUGAGUUAUUAACAUUAUUAUUAACAUUUAUUUAUAUAGCGCCAGCAUAUUUCACAGCGCUGUAGUUCCUUGUGUUUGUAAGCUGGACAUCCAUUCUGUAUCCAGACGUCCAAAUUACAGGCACCAAGAGACGCAUAUAUGAAUCAGAAUAUGAAGAUUAACUUUAAAUAGUGAUUGUUUACUUUCUCUUUCACUCCUGUGUGCUGCUUUGGAUGAAAGGUUUAAAGCAGAACGAUCCACCAACAGAGAAUUCGACGAUAAAACGUGUUUUCAGGCUUCAAUACCAUCCCAAGCAGAGCUGGAUUUCUAAAAGGUGCACCCCUAGGCUGCACACCUCCCAGACCCCCCCCACCACGACCCACUCGCACUUCCCCUGCACUCCCCAACUCUUCACAACCCCCCAUCCUUCUCGUAAAGUGCCGCCACUCGCCUCCUUCGCAAUUUUCCCAUUUUCCGGCACUGGGAGGGCGGGCUCAGAGUGCCAGGUCCGGAGCGUGGUGGGGACAGGUUCAAUUGUGGUUAGCUUGCAGCCCCCAGCAUUUUGCCGCCCUAGGCCCAGGCCUUUGUGGCUUGCCCACAAAUCUGGAUCCCAAGGACGCCACAUCUGCGGGGGUGACCUUUUAAAGAUCUUUGUCUAUGAAGGUGCCCCCAGUAGCUCCCCAUCUUCUUUUCUGCUGAUUCACUGCACAUGCUCUGUGCUGCUGAUCUUAGGGACCGAAUCACAAUAAAUUUGUAUAUUUACAAUAUAAAAGUCAUGAUACAAGACUAAGAUUCACAUUAUACAUGGCAACAUAGAAACCAGUGCAUUCUGCUUGAGAACUUAAUAAUCAGUCCUGUGGCAUUAGAUUCUAUGCCCAAUAUAACUUCACUUUUCUGCUGAUGUUUUGAUGAUUUCUAAUGACCCCCUAAGCUUAGCUUUGAACACUAGUGGUGCCACUGACACCCAACAUACGGCCUAACAAGAUUGAGAGCUGCUGUGGGCAACUUUGCAGGCCUGGAUCAUUACUGUUAUAGGGCUGAACCUUUGGGUUAGUAAGUUCAUAUAAAAACAGCCUUUUUAUAAUGGUUUAGUCCUGCUUUAAGGCUUCUGGUGUCUGUUAUGUGCUAUUCUAAAACUGAAUGCAAAAAGUCUUAAUAUUUUGUUCUUUGUGGGUUUUAAUUGCUCUCCAGGUUAAACUAUGGCUGCA